AUGAAUCAGAAUCUAACGAAUCUGAAUCGGAAUUUAAUGAAUGUAAUGCAGAGUCUAUUAAAUCUGAAUCAGAGUCUAGUGAAUCUGAAUAAGAGUAUGCUGAAUAUGAAUCAGAGUAUAAGUUAUCUGAAUAAGAAUUUAAUGAAUCUGAAUCAGAGUAUAAUGGGUCUGAAUCAGAGUAUAAUAAGUCUGAAAAAGGGUAUAAUGAAUGUGAAUAGGAGUAGAAUGAAUGUGAAUAAGAAUAUAAUGAAUGUGCAGUCUAGUGAAUUUGAAACAAAGUAUAAUGAACCUGAAUGUAAGUCUAAUGGAUCUGCAGCAGAAUUUAAUGAAUCUGCAGUAGACGCGAAUGAAUCUCCAGCAGCGGCUAAUGAAUCUCCAGCAGCGGCUAAUGAAUUUCUAGCAGCGUCGAAUGAAUCUGAAUCCGACGCUAAUAUAUCUGCAGCAGAAUCUAGUGAAUCUUCAGCAAAAUGUAGUGAAUCUCUAGCAGAGUCUAAUGAAUCUAAGUCAGAGAAUAAUGAAUCUGAAUUAGAGAAUAUUGGAUCUGGUGAAUUUGAAACAAAGUAUAAUGAAUCUGAAUGUAAGUCUAAUGGAUCUGCAGCAGAAUUUAAUGAAUCUGCAGUAGAGUCGAAUGAAUCUCCAGCAGCGGCUAAUGAAUCUCCAGCAACGUCGAAUAAAUAUCUGGCAGAGUCUAGUGAAUCUCCAGUAGCGUCUAAUGAAUUUCCAGUAGCGUCGAAUAAAUCUCCGGCAGCGUUUAAUGAAUUUCCAGCAGCGUCGGGUGAAUCUGAAUCCGACGCCAAUAUAUCUGCAGCAGAAUCUAGUGAAUCUUCAGCAAAAUGUAGUGAAUCUCUAGCAGAGUCUAAUGAAUCUCCAGCAGCGGCUAAUAAAUUUCCAGUAGCGUCGAAUAAAUCUCCGGCAGCGUUUAAUGAAUUUCCAGCAGUGCCUAAUGAAUCUCGAGCAUAA